CCAGCCAAUAGCGGGGCUGGCCGGUGGCCGCCAUUUUGGGUGCGCUGGGGCGACUAGUGCUGAGGUGUCCGUUUGCCGGGGAAGGAGGCCGCCAUGCCGCACUUCCAGACCUGGGAGGAGUUCAGCCGCUCGGCCGAGAAGCUCUACUUGGCUGACCCCAUGAAGGUGCGUGUGGUGCUCAAAUAUCGACACUGUGAUGGGAAUCUGUGCAUCAAAGUAACGGAUGAUGUUGUUUGUCUGCAGUACAGGACAGAUCAGGCUCAAGAUGUAAAGAAGAUUGAGAAAUUCCACAGUCAGUUAAUGCGACUCAUGGUAGCCAAAGAAUCCCGGAAUGUUGCCAUGGAAACAGAGUGAAUAUCCUGGAAGAAUAUGAAUGUUCUAGUUAUAUUUUACAGGAGGAAAGUAUGGCUUGGAUAUGGGUAAAUUUGGGAACAGAUGUUUAGUGGCAUCAAGUGGAUUAUUAAAAUGUAAAGUGGGUUUCUAAGAACCUUCAGGCUCCACUUCAGAGUGGCUGGGUGACUCUAUGCUUUCAUUUGAAAGCCUCUAUUUAUUUUUUUUAAUUUCAGCAAGCAGAUAUGCAUGGCCUUUGCUGGAAUACUAAAGGUUAAAAUGUAUUUGGCCAAGAUUUAUACGCUUUCUUUUGGGCAUAUCAGCACUGUGCUCAAAAGAGAGGAAGCAGACAUGUUUUUUUCUGAGAAGUGUCAGGAUGCUUUUGUAUAGAGGGAGGUUUUUUCUUGUUGAAUUUUAUGUUACUGUAUGUUAAAGUAAGGUAGACAGUUAAUUAGCAUAAAACUGGAUGUAAUAAACUUGAUAUAUGUACACUAUAUACACAAUUGAAGUGAUAAAAGCCCCUAUUAGUAAUAGGCAAGUGUUCAUACCAAUACAUUAAAUAUUUUACUUGAGCUUGCUGCUGAAUCAUACUAGACUUUGGGCCAUAAGAAAGAGCUAAGACAUAAGACCACAUGCAGAACUUCUGUCUCUGAGUGUUGCUAAUAUUAUGUGAUGCAAUUAAGACAUCUGCACAACUUUUACAAGGUUAGCCUCUGAUUACACUUUACCGUUGACUAUACAGUCUUCAUCAUUUAUCCUAUUCCUUGCUAUGAAACUGUCAUCACUAAAUGUGAUGGCAUACUGCAUGCUGUUAAAUACAGCAGUUGAGAAACAAAAAAAUCCAGAUAUAUUAUGUAUCACUUACAAGGGGUCUGCAUAGUUAAUUGUGUUAAAUCAGAAUAAGAUGUUGUCUUAACUGCUUUCUGAAUGCUUAGCGAGUCAUUCUGUUCACCAAGAAAACAACCUUGGCACAGAAACCAUUUUUUUACUAGCUAGCAUUGGUUCCCUCUCAAAUACAUAUUAUUGUAUAAUGUAUUGGUCAUUCCAUGUGCUGAGAUCAGAAAAAUAAAAACACUUGCUGUCA